AUGAACUCGCCCGACGUAUCGGAUGCCCAGGACUUCGAUAGUGUGUGGCUAACUGAUUCUGGGUUCUUGAAACAAGACCAGAGUAGCGACAUGGCGAGCUCCAGCUUCGUGAAUACCUGCGCACUAGCUGAGCUCGAAUCCACAGAUCUUGGGUUUCCGUCCGCGACCACAGCAGGUCCUAUAUAUUCGGCCAACGAGUUUCCUGAUAUUCUCGACGAUGUCAUAUUCACUGAUCAGAAGGAAGAUGCAGGCAGUUCCAUCUGGACUGAUCCAGAUUCAAUUUAUGUUCAUGCCCCCGAUAAGAUCCAUGCGUUGCACGAUGAAACUAACUCCAACGCUAGUGUUUCACCCACUGCUCCAGCUGUGUAUGCUCGUUCGGGGAGUGAAGACUGGUCCAGCAAAAUUAGCCUCUCAAGCCCCCCCCACUCGCGAAAGUCGUCGUCAAGCGAUCCAGAAGCAAGUUUUACGUUCCAUACACAAACCUUCAGCGGCUUGAGUCACGAUGCAAUCGAGGGCUCAAGGUUUGAGGAGGAAGAUCUUAUGCAGGUACCAUCUGAGGCCUCAAGCCAAACCCGACGAAGGCCCCAUUCCCUGAACCUGUCUCUUGUCAUGUCUGGACCUUUACAUUCUUUGCCUUCAUCCGCUGCCUCUACGGAGCCAAAUUCUGCCUUAUUGUAUCGCUCACAGCCAUUUGAGUGUAACUCGAGACAAGUAACGCCUCCACCAUCUGCAGAUAUUCGACGCCAUAAGCACUCCUCGUCGAAUGGACAUCGCUUUUCUGGGCGCUCGUUGUCCGUAGCAAAAAUGCCACUGAGUGAAAUGUACAGAGAGAUGGGCAUGCAAAACAAUCAUAGUGAAGGCGCAGAGCGGGAAAUUCGUAUAAUGCAAGUGGUGAAAGCAAACGGUUUUGACGUAGGUGCCCAGACUUGGAUAAGGGACACAAACGAAGAUACACGAAAUAAAAUACUAGACGCCCUUGAGGCGGAGUUCCGAAGCUGGGGGUAUGAUCGUGCACUCUUGGAGAAAAUAGUUCGUCGGGGUACCUAUGCUCGUAUGCAGAGCAAUUUGAGGCGUGACCGGCGUCAAAGAGCUGCUAGGCGUAAGGAGGAAGAACAAGAGGCAAUGCGGCAAAGAACGCAAGAAAGACGCUUAAAGUAA